CGGUUUUUGGCCUGAGGGGGCGGAGCUUUGUGUCACUUCCUGAUCCGGGAGGGGAAGCGCGUGCGCUUGUUUAUUUCAGUUUUUUAAUCGCCAACUGCAGAUUAUAAAGUUUUCAGACUUUGAUCCUGGAGAGGGGUCCUAUGCUGGGUUACUUGAACUCAACAUGUACUGCUACAACCAGAUUUUAGAGUUUUAAAUAAGGGAUUUUAAAAGGACGGACUAGAGUUUGGAUAUACGGAUUGUCUUGGAAACGCUGUAUUUCUACGAAGGCUGCAGCUCCGUUCGGUUUGUGUUAGCAGGGUUUAAGCCAUGUCGGACGGACGGAUCUACGUGGGAAACCUUCCCAUGGACGUGCAGGAGAGGGACAUUGAGGAUCUCUUCUACAAAUACGGAAAAAUACGGGAUAUUGAGCUGAAGAACAACCGGGGGACGAUCCCGUUUGCCUUUGUCCGUUUUGAGGAUCCACGGGAUGCGGAGGAUGCCGUCUUUGGAAGGAAUGGAUAUGGAUUUGGAAACAGUAAGCUUCGUGUGGAAUACCCACGAUCUUCUGGAUCCAAAUUUAGUGGACCUGGAGGAGGAGGAGGAGGAGGUGGUGGUGGAGGAGGAGGAGGAGGAGGAGGAGCGGCACGGAGGAGGUUCAUGCCCACGGUCCGUAGAUCCGAGUUCCAGGUUACUGUGACGGGUCUUCCUCCUUCAGGCAGCUGGCAGGACCUGAAAGAUCACAUGCGAGAGGCGGGCGACGUGUGUUUCGCUGAUGUGCAGCGGGACGGAGAGGGCGUGGUUGAAUUCCUCAGACGUGAAGAUAUGGAGUAUGCACUGCGUCGCCUCGACGGCACAGAGUUCAGGUCGCACCAGGGAGAGACUUCAUACAUCCGAGUGAUGGGAGACAGGGGUACGAGCUGGGGCCGCUCACGUUCCCGUUCCAGAUCUCGUGGUCGUUACUCAUCUCCCUAUCAGAGCAGAGGGUCACCUCCUCCACGCUACCGGUCUCCUCCGCGACACAUGUCCCGCCAUAGUCCUCCCUCUCGACGACCACCCAUUCAACAUCACAGCCCACCUCCACGUCACUAUCGAUGAAGUGCAGGACCCACAGCUCCUUCAUCAAGUUUAUGUUUGAGAGUUUUGUAAUUUACAUUCCAUUAUUGUGAAAACCCAAAUGGCCUUAUUCAACAUUCAGUAUAUUAACAAGUUUCUGAGUUUGAGAAAAUGUAAAUCAUCAUGUGACGAUGCACAUGUUUAAAGAACAGAUUACGUGAUCAAGUUAAUUUGUAACUCACUGGAAAUAGUCGCCGUUUCUGACUGUAGGCAGACGAAAAACAUGAUUAUUGUGUAUCUUUAAUCUGCUCAAUUUCAAGACCCAUUUUUAUUUGACAUAAUUUCAAUAAAAGGCUGACUUUUUAAAUCUUUUUGUCAGUAAUCUCCCCAUGUGAUUAGUCUUUGUUGUAUCAUGACUUUAUGCAAAUUUUAUUUUUCCUUUUAUCAAUUAAAGCAUUGAAUCAAAGAUA